AUGGCCAAAUUCGCAUUUUUCUCUUUGAUCUGCCUGAUUUGCGCUGUGAUCGGUCAAGCUGGUCCCACGGCGCGUGUUGUGGGUGGUGUGGAUGCUUACGAGGGUCAGUUUCCACAUCAAAUUUCGUUACGUCGCAAUUGUUCACAUACUUGUGGUGGUUCGAUAAUUAGUAAAAAUUUCAUAUUGACCGCAGCGCAUUGUGUGGGCACCACAGACGCCGCGGGUACCUAUUACACCUACAAUGCAACCACCUUCACUGUACGUGCCGGUUCCACCGAUCGUUUUCGUGGCGGCGUUGUAGUCAAUGUCAAAGAGAUCAUCACCCACGAGAAUUAUGGAAAUUUCUUGAAUGAUGUGGCGCUGUUGCGUUUAAGCGAGCCAUUAAUCCUAUCGAAGAACAUUCAACCUGUUAAGUUGGCUACAAAAGAAUUACCCUCCGGCACGCCGGUCAUAAUUUCAGGCUGGGGUCGCCUAAAGGCUGGUGGUGAUUUGCCACAAAAGUUGCAGUGGAACACAUUGUCGGCAAUCUCGCGUGACGAAUGCAAAGCGGCCAUCAAUUGGGAUAGUGAUGCUCUUAUUUGUCUGGCGCACAAUCCUAAUAACGGUGCAUGCAAUGGUGAUUCAGGUGGACCUGCUUUGUACGAGAGCGAAGUGGUGGGCAUUGCUGGAUUCGUUUAUGGCGGUUGUGGUACUGGCAAUCCAGAUGGUUAUGCUAAGGUCUACUAUCAUGUGAAUUGGAUUAACGAACAUGCUGGCUUAUAA